AACACCUCCCAAACACUAUAUUCAUAUUUCUAAAUUUUUAAUUUGAUAUUUUAGCAUGUAAUCGGACUUUUUUUAGCAAAAUCAUUGCCAAGUUAAGGUGCAAUAUGUGAGACAAGCAAUGACCGUGGGAUAUUGUUGAGAAUUAUAUAUGUCGUGUUGAGCUGCGAUGGAGUGGAUAGUGCUUUUACAAUUGGGUUUACCCUUGUGUUUAUGCAAAAUUCUCGCAGACCAAACUGCAACAAAGUCUUCAUCUUUCUUGAACUCAACAAUGGCGGAUCAGAAUCAGAAAUACCCUCAGUUUAGAGGGCAGCCGCGUCUCCCCAAAUUCGCAACCCCCAAGCGCUACGAUCUCAAACUCAAUCCCGAUCUCUCCGCCUGCAAAUUCACCGGCUCCGUCCAAAUCUCCGUUGACGUUGUUUCUGACACUAAGUUCCUCGUCCUCAAUGCCGCCGAGCUCUCCAUUAGCUCUAAUUCUGUCAAAUUCGCGUCUGCGAAUAAGGUUCUGGAGGCUGUGGAAGUAGAGUUAUUUGCAGAAGAUGAGAUCGCGGUUAUGGAGUUCAAGGAGAGUUUGCCGAUUGGUGUCGGGGUUCUGACUAUGGAGUUUGAGGGUGCUCUAAAUGAUAACAUGAAAGGAUUUUACAGAAGCACCUAUGAGCUCAAUGGUGAGAAGAAGAACAUGGCUGUAACGCAGUUCGAGCCAGUUGAUGCUAGAUGGUGCUUUCCCUGUUGGGAUGAGCCUGCUUGCAGGGCUACUUUCAAGAUUACGUUAGAUGUUCCAUCAGACUUGGUAGCUCUUUCCAACAUGCCAAUCACUGAAGAAAAACAAAAUGGGAAUCUUAAGACCAUCUACUUUCAAGAAUCGCCAAUCAUGUCAACUUACUUGGUGGCGGUUGUAGUUGGCAUGUUUGACUAUGUUGAAGAUAAUACACCCGAAGGAAUCAACGUGAGAGUGUAUUGUCAGGUUGGCAAGUCAAGUCAAGGGAAAUUUGCUCUCGGUGUUGCUGUCAAAACCCUUGGCCUUUACAAAGAGUACUUUGAUGUACCAUAUUCGCUUCCUAAAUUGGACAUGAUUGCAAUCCCUGAUUUCGCUCCCGGGGCGAUGGAGAAUUAUGGUCUCGUUACGUACCGUGAAACUGAUUUGCUUUAUGAUGAAAAUCACUCUGCAGCUGCAAACAAACAGAUGGUUGUAACUGCUAUAACGCAUGAAUUAGCGCACCAGUGGUUUGGCAAUUUGGUGACCAUGGAAUGGUGGACUCAUUUAUGGCUGAAUGAGGGAUUUGCGACAUGGAUAAGCUAUCUAGCUGCUGAUAGUUUGUUCCCAGAUUGGAAAGUUUGGACUCAGUUUCUCGUUGAAUGUUCCGAGGGGCUUCAGCUAGAUGGGCUUGCUGAAUCUCACCCAAUUGAGGUGGACAUCAAUCAUGCAAGUGAAGUUGGUGAAAUUUUUGAUGCAAUCAGCUAUCAGAAGGGUGCAUCUGUCAUUCAAAUGUUGCAGAGCUAUCUUGGUCCCGAAAGUUUUCAGAGGGGACUUGCUUCCUACAUUAAAAAGUACGCUUACUCAAAUGCAAAGACAGAAGAUCUAUGGUCAGUUCUUCAGGAAGAAUCUGGUGAACCUGUAAACAAGCUGAUGAACUCAUGGACAAAACAGAUAGGUUAUCCAGUCGUCUCAGUGAAGCUCAAUGGCCAGAGCUUGGAGUUCGAACAGUCACGGUUUUUGUUUACUGGUUCUCAUGGCGAUGGCCAAUGGGUCGUCCCAAUAACUUUGUGCUCGGGCUCUUAUGAUGCUCGUAAAAGUUUCUUGCUGGAAACCAAAAGUAAGACUCUUGACGUUAAGGAUUUAUUGGGUGUCUCAGUUCCAUCGGGCCACCACUGGAUCAAAGUUAACGUGGAGCAGACUGGUUUUUACCGAGUGAAAUAUGAUGAGGGCUUAUCGGCUGGACUGAGGAAUGCAAUAGAGAGAAAGUACUUGUCAACAUGUGACAGAAGUGGAAUACUGGAUGACUAUUAUUCACUGUCCAUGUCAUGCGAGCAAUCACUGACCUCUUUACUUGCUUUGAUGAGUGCUUACCGAGAAGAACCUGAGUACACAGUUCUAUCUAACUUGAUCACUGUAGCUUCCACAGUAGCCAAAAUUGUAGCUGAUGCCUCACCUGAAUUGGUUGGUGAUGUCAAAUUGUUCUUUAUCAAUCUUUUCCAGAACUCUGCAGAGAGACUUGGUUGGGAUCCUAAACCAGGGGAGAGCCACCUUGACAGCAUGUUGAGAGGAGAGCUUCUUAAAGCUUUGGCUUCAUUUGGACACGAGGCAACUUUGGACGAAGCAAACAAGCGCUUCCGCAUAUUUCUGGAAGAUAGAAACACAACUGUUCUUCCUCCUGAUUUGAGAAGUGCAGUAUAUGUUGCUGUGAUACUAGGCGUGAACAAAUCAAACAAAUCUGGCUAUGAUUCUCUUCUCAGAAUUUACAGAGAAACCGACCUCAGCCAGGAGAAAACACGAAUUCUAGGCUCGCUAGGUUCUUGCCGGGAUCCUGAAAUCGUUCAAGAAUUCCUCGACUUCUUAUUAUCUUCAGAGGUGAGAAGCCAAGACGUCUUGGUUGGGGUCUCUGUCAGCAGAGAAUCUCGUGAGACAGCAUGGAAUUGGUUGAAAGCCAACUGGGAUGAUCUCACCAAGACGUACGGCUCCGGAUUCCUGAUAGCUCACAUCAUUAGUGCCAUUGUAUCACCAUUCUCGUCUUAUGAGAAGGCGGCAGAAGUGGAGGAGUUCUUCAGCAGCCGGAUGAUGCCGAACAUAGCGAGGACGGUGAAGCAGGGCAUCGAACGCAUCCACAUCAAUGCAGCCUGGGUUAAAAGCAUUCAGAAUGACAAGGAUCUCCCACGCGCUGUGAAGGAGCUCGCAUACAGUAAAUACUGAUUCACGCUGUGUGCGCGCGAACGUGUGUAUGCAGUGCGUUGUGUGUAUGCAGUAUGUGAAGGUAUCUAACUUAUAAAUAUUUGGAAUUCGAUUAUCUACUUUAGAUAUAUAAUUCAAAUUAUAGAAUUCCAAUGGAGCCAUAUGGAAAUAUAUCAUAUAUGAAAGAAAUUAUGCAUUAUGAUCAAA